GUUCCGUCCGGGAGCUCCGGCGGGAGGCGGCGCGGCGGAACCAAGGCGCCAGUCUGCGCGGAAGGCGGGGAAGGGCUCCGGAAGGGACCGUGCCGGUGCCGGAAGCCGGGAGGUGGCGCGGCGGCCGGCGGUUCUAGCAGUUUCCACGGGCGGUCGGUGCGGAGGCGGCGGCGGCGGUCCCGAUGGCCAAGUGGGGGGAGGGAGACCCGCGCUGGAUCGUCGAGCAGCGGGCGGACGCCACCAACGUCAAUAACUGGCACUGGACGGAGCGCGAUGCCUCCAACUGGUCCACAGAGCGCCUGAAAACUCUGCUCCUGCCUGUCAGGGUAGAGGGUGAGGAAGGGGCUUGCGAGGUGACAGAAGUGAGCAAACUGGAUGGAGAGGCCUCCAUUAACAACCGCAAAGGGAAGCUUAUCUUCUUCUAUGAGUGGGCUAUCAAGCUGGCGUGGACUGGCACCUCAAAGACAGGAGUGAAAUACAAAGGUUAUGUGGAGAUUCCUAAUCUCUCAGAUGAAAAUGACAUUGAUGAAGUGGAGAUCCAUGUCAGCCUUGCCAAGGAUGAGCCUGACACUAAUUUGAAGACCCUGAUGAAGCAAGAGGGUGCCAAAAAAAUUAGAGAUGCAAUGAAAACUUAUAUCAGCACUCUCAAAACAGAAUUCACCCAGGGCAUGAUCUUGCCCACAGUGAAUGGUGAACAUAUGGAAACAGCACCUCAGGUGGCUCCUAAAGCGGAGGACCGCAAGACGGCCGCUAGCAGCAGUGCUGCCACUCCGCAGUCCAAAGCCAUAGGAGUCAAGAUCCCUACAUGCAAGAUCAGCUUGAAGGACACCUUCUUAACAUCUCCUGAGGAGCUCUACCGGGUGUUUGUUACCCAGGAGAUGGUUCAAGCUUUCACCCAUGCACAAGCCACCUUGGAGGCUGAUAAAGGAGGCAAAUUUCAGUUGCUGGAUGGCAGUGUCACAGGAGAGUUUGUUGACCUAGUCCCUGAGAAGCAACUUGUUAUGAAAUGGAGAUUUAAAUCUUGGCCAGGUGGGCACUUUGCAACAAUUACCUUGAACUUCACCGACAAAGGUGGCGAGACAGAGGUGUGCUUGGAAGGCAAGGGCAUUCCUGCCAGUGAGGAGGAGAGAACAAAGCAAGGCUGGCAGCGCUACUACUUCGAGGGCAUUAAACAGACAUUUGGCUAUGGCGCCCGCUUGUUUUAAUACCGGUUGCUGUGAAGGCCUUGCCUGAAGACUCUGCCACGUGGACUGAUACAUUUCUCACCUGUCCCUUUCUAAUCUUGGCCCCGCUGCCGAGUAAAGUGGGACAACAGGUGAUGAGGAAGGCCGUUGAGCAGCACCACUUCAGUCCCUCACUGCUUUGUGCAUGUCUCGUGCUGCAGGGGAUUCUCUUACAUGUACAUACUUCUAUUGCUAAAUAAACCUAACUUAAAAAAAC